AUGAGUGUCACUAAUCUAGUUCGAUAUUGUUCGUUGACAUCAAAAUUGAGUUAUUUUACAACAAGAUCUUUAUUAUCUAUAGAAUCUAUUAACUGUGAUGCUCGACGAUAUGCUGGUCAUGCUCAUUGGCAAAAUAUUGCAAAGACAAAAGCUGCUAAUGAUCAAAUCAAAGGACGUGUUAUAGGAAAAUUAUCUAGUAAAAUUGUUACAGCUGUUCGACAAAAUGGUAAUGUUACAGAUCCACAAUAUAAUGCUGUAUUACGUGCAACACUUGAAGAAUGUCGUAGAAAUAAUAUGCCUAAAGAAACAAUUGAUCGAGCUAUUAAACGAGCUGUUGCUCAAAAAGAUAAUUCAAAACAAACUCUCUUUGAGUUUAUUGGCCCUGGUCGAGCACUUUGUCUUAUUGAAGUUAUGACUGAUAAUCCAAAACGUACUUUCAAUUAUCUUAAUAAAAAUGCAGCUAAAAUUGGUAUUCCAGAAAUAGCUAAAAGCGGACAAAUUGCUGAAUAUUUUGAUCAACGUGGUUAUGCAUGUAUUGAAAAAUCAAAUAUAACUGAAGAAAAAGCAACCGAAUUAGCAAUUGAAAUUAAUGCUGAAGAAGUUGUUGAAGCAAUUGAUGAUGACGGUGAACGAACAGUGUGGAAAUUUUUUGGUCCACCAUUAUUUUACGGUCAAAUGAAAGUUAAUUUAACUCAACGUGGUUAUAAUGUAACAUCUGAUGGUUCAGAAUUUAUUCCAAAAGUGACUGUACCAUUAAAUGAACGCGAUAAAGCAUUAUUAAAACAAAUUAUAACUGUGUUCGAAGAUCUAGAUCAAGUUGAAGGCGUUCAUACUAAUGCCGUAUAA